AGAUACUUGGCGAAUAGGCACCGAAAACUAAAUUAGAAAUCUCUGUGGCUGUCUAUUAUGCCAUGAAGGUACAAAAAAGUUAAGUUUUGGUCCCCCUGCCCCCAGCCUUCGAUAUUUCAGCCAACGAAUCGGUCUCCCUUGGACGUGUAUUUGAAUUGUCUCCCAGUUCUUUCUUUUGGCCGACAGAUCAAAAGCAAAAAUGGCUUCCACUUUUGGUUUUAUAACUGUUAUAGCAGCAUGUCUCCUCGUCACAGUUACGGCUUUAAAUUGUUACACAUGCAACAACUGCGGCCAGAGACAGAUGACCCAACGACAAACCCUGAGGUGCCAGGCCGGAGUUAUGGGCAUGUCGAUCCCCCAAUGCUUCCAUGAAAUCACACAAAUGGGCACAAUAAACCGUGGAUGUACAAACCGCACCGAUUGCACAUUCCGCUCGUCCCAGCGUAUGGAACGCCAGUGCGGUCCCGGAGUGCAGCCGCCAUGCUUCUCCUGCUGCGAGACAGACAACUGCAACGUGGGAGCAAACAACGGCGUUACCAUGCCAACGGUUUCCAUGGCAACAUUCCUUCUCAUCCUCGUCCCAUCUAUCCUCUCGAUGUUUGUCAGCUGGUAGAAAGUGCUUUCUGAAAUAAAAGGCGGGACAAGCUGGGGCAAUAUUCCUGUUGUAAAGUGGACUGCAUGGAUUCGGGGAGGGGGGCAUGAUUUUUUUAUGGACAAAAGUGUGUAAAUAAUUAUCAAUCUUUAGACGAUUCCCAAUAUUAUUUUGUAAAUUUACAAUGAUGCUAAUUAUAACUACUUUACGAUACGAUAAAUGACUGUAGAUUCUUCCGUAUCAUAGUCGCGGAGCUGGGAAAUAAGGCCAGUUUGAUAUCGAUAGUAACUUCCACUGAAUACCUGAUUUUGAUUGGCCAAUGUGCAAUAAUGACGACACUGUCUUAGUUACUAUCGAUUAUGAAUUUACUAUGAUUAUUGGUUGUAUAAAGCGGGAGUGAUCACUUACAUUUUAUUCAUUAAGUCUUUCAUUUUCGUGAAAUAAGGGUAAGGCGAAGAAUUUCAGACAACGAAAUCAUGUAAACCAUUCGCCUGAAAAAUAAUAAAAUUUAUAAUAUCUUGUUUUCUCUUUUCAUUUUUUAUGAUUUCGUUUUCAUUUUCAACAAAAGAACGCCUCAUUAUGAUCAUUAUUAACUUUAUUGUUAUUAUUCAUUGUUGUAAACAGAAUCUAAUUUUUUUUAUUUUGUAAUUAUCGUCAUGACCUUUAUAUAUUUUGUUAUUUGUUUUCAUUGUUGUCAAAAGCACAAGUAUUGCUGUCAUUUUAAAUAUACAUUUUCCAACUUAGUCUUUAAAAAGUAUAUAACCAUAGUUCCUUUUUUUUUUUUGGGGGGGGGGGGCAGGGGGUAGAUGUUAAGACCUAUACCCGUAUCAACACCAAAUAUGGAAAAAAAAUCUUGCCUUAUUUGAUUGUAUAUGAUGUUUGUGGAAAAAGAAACAAUUAAACGAGACUUUUCAGAUACAAAUAUUAA